CAAAUCAUCGUAUUCUGUUUUUAUUUAUGUUUUACACAAUGUCCCAACUUCAUUGCAAUUGGGGUUGUAUCUAAAAUAGUGUUUAUUUUCGUUACAAUAAGAGUUAAAAUUACUAAGAAAAUCUUUUUUAAUUUUUUAAUAGAGCCACUUCUGGAUAUUGCAAAUAAAAGUGUCUGCAGUCACCUGAUUUUAUUUUUAUCUCCAAAAAAGUUUGUACAAUACUUUUUAAUGGCUGGUGUUUUGUUGAUGGUCAGGCUAGGCUGCAUUUCACAGUUCUAGGACUGAACGAAUAAUUAAGUAGUUUUCUUCUACUAGCAUGGCUGAAAGUGCCACUUCACAGUUUCGUUUAACUGGAUUUGCAGAAAUAGAAAGUGAAACUUAAGUCAGACAGCUGGCACUUGCCAUACACUAUUUAAACCUAUGAUUUCCUCACACAUCACCAGAUACCGUCAGCAGUGCCCACAGCCCACUGGUAACAGAAGCUUUGCAAACAGUAAAAAUGAUUGACGAGGAACUUAAGAAACUGGACUGUCACUUCACUUGGGACCUACAGAAGGAGGAAGCUGAUCUUAAUUUCCUGGAGAUCAAAUACUCUGAGAGUCUGUCUGUUGAAACUCAGCAUGAAGGAAAUUUUAGACAAAGACUCUUAAAUUUUUUGGCCUACAUUAAACACUUGCAGGGUUUUAAUGAUGAGGCUCUCAAGUGUUUGGAAAGAGCAAAGAAAGAUUCACAAGGUAUCGUUACAUAUGGAAAUUUAGCCUGGUUGCACCAUCACAUGGGUAACGAAGCUAAGACCAAACUUUAUAUGGAGAAACUGUCUGAAAUUUCUGGAGCUGUCCCUAGUCCAGUAAAGGCUGAGUUGAUCCGUGAAGUCCAGAGUGAAAAGGCAUGGUCUCUCCUCUGGUUCUCCAAAAAGCACUAUAGCAGGGCCAAAGAGAGCUUUCAAGAGGCCCUACAGAAAGAACCAGAAGACAGGGAGUGGAACACUGGCUAUGCCUUCUCCCUGUUCCACAUGGAGGGCCUGGAGAUCAGGGAGGAUAAACGUGUGCCUUUUGAAGAGUCCUCUGCAGUAGCUCAGCUGAAGAAAGCCCAGAAACUGAACCCAGACAAUGCCAUGAUUCAUGUCUACCUGGGGCUGAAGUGCUACAAGAACAAGAGGAACGCUGAGGCAUGGGAGCACAUGAGGAAAGCUCUACGAAUGGCUCCAUAUGACCUGAAUGUAGUCUUGCAUGUUGCUAAGUUCAUGAAGAAGGAGGAGUGUUAUGACAUGGCACUGGAGGUGCUCCAGAAAAUAUUGGAGAAAGUGCCAGACUCUUCACGUUUGCACCAUGAAAUUGCCAACAAUUACCGCUGGAAAGCCAAGCAGUUACAAGAUAUUCACAACCCACAGCUAUUGCGCCUCUGUGUUCACCAUAUAGAAGAGGGUGUCCGCUUAAAUCCAGAUUUCCUCUACCCACAGAUGGAGUUAGCGCUUAGGUAUGCCGAGCUUAAGAACUGUGGUAAAGCAGAGCAGAAAUUUCAGGAGUUGUUUGUCCGCCCAAACCUGAAGCCAGCUGACCUCCAGGCCUGGCAUCGCCUGUAUGGAGACUUCAACAUGUACCGCCUGGGCUCAGAGGCAACAGCGGUCAAGCAUUAUAAAGAGGGCAUGGCACUGCAAAACAUUUCCACAGAAUGGAGAAACUGUAAAAACAGACUCUACAAAGUCCUUCACAAUAACCGAAAAGAUGUGUACCAGAUUCGAGAGUUCAUGAAUUCUUUAAGAAGAGGAAAUAUUGUUGGCACUGAGGAAUAAACUGCCCAUAAGUCUGCAAAAGCUAACAUAAAAAAAGCCUAACAUCUUGGAUCAGACAUACCUGAAAUAUACAAUCAUUAAAAUGUCCUAUGGCAGAGCACUGCACAUUUUUGUGGUUUCCCUGCUCUGACACACCCAUUCUAACCUCAGGAAGGGCUUUAAUUACCUGACUAAUAGAAUCAGCCGUCUUAGAACAGAAAAAAUUACUAAAAUAUGCAGUACUCUGCCAUAGGACAUUUUAAUUAUUGUAUUUUCCAGGACCAAGAUUCUACAGUACAUUCUAGAGAUGUUGUAUUUUAAAAUGUGUAAUUUCAUUGUUUUUUGCUUGCAUUUCAUUAAAAACUAACUGUAUUAUGUUGUCUUUCAAUUACAGAAAAAACUGUAUUCAUAUUAAAGAACAUAUUAACCAUCCUAUGUAAUCAUAUUUGUUCACAUUCUGAAAAAAUACCAUGUCUUUAUUUGCACUAGAAUUAAAUACUUCAUGUGAAAUCCUCUGUGUA